GACUGAGACACGCUCCGUGCGGUCCACGAGGCUGCCCAGUAUCCAGCAUUGAUGCAUAUUGACCUCGUUUCGAUCUGGGAGGUAUUUUCUUUGCUUCGAAUUGGAAUAGGUGAAGAAAAGGGUUAUUAAGCAGACCUCUUUGUUGACUUUAACCUUUUCGAUCGUCAUAUUAUGCCGGAAACGUGGGGAGCACUGCUUUAUCCAACAAACGGAUCUAGGUACUCUCGUCCAUGAACAUGGAAGACCUGCUGGCGAAGCAUCGCAAAGAAAAGCGAGAUCUGCAAGCAAGGAUCACCCAGAAGAAGAAGAAUGCCACGAAAAAGACAAGAAAAGGUGUCAAUGAUGAAUGCGAGAGAUUGGAGAGAGAACUGGCCGAAAAGCAGCAAGCCGAAGUCGAUCAAUUGGAGCCGAAGCAGGCCCAACUUGCGGCGGCUGUGGAUGGCCUGAAGCUCGAUGAGCCUGCCGAAGAGACCACAGACGAGCCCGAGACUGAAACAGCAGAGGUCCAGCCAGAACCGGCCAAUGGCGAUUUCACCGCUGAACAAUCACGCUCGAAAAAGCCCAAUCGACAGAAAGCCAGGCUCGCACGAAGAGCUGCCGAGCAACAGGCUCAAGUGGCGGCGGCAGCUGCGGAAGCAGAAAACAUGCCUGAUCUGCGAGACCAAGAAAUAUCAACUAUGAAGAAGCAGAUGGAGACUCGGGGUUUGGUAGAAACCAUGAUUCGACCGGAUGGGCAUUGCCUCUUCUCCGCAUGUGCACACAGCAUGUCUCCUGAGCAAGUCCCACAAUCAGGGCCAAAUAAAGAGCCUUAUCAGAACGUCAGAUACGCUGCGGCAGAGUUCAUGGCAGCACAUCCAGACGAUUUUUCAGCAUUCAUGGAAGAACCACUGGAGAGCUAUGUGAAGAAGAUCAGAGAUACAGCCGAGUGGGGAGGACAGCUAGAGUUGCAAGCCAUUUCACGAGCCUACAGCAUCAAUAUCAACGUGCUCCAAGCCGAUGGGAGAGUCGAGAAGAUCAGUUGCGGCACGGAGAAAGGAGCAGACACAAGUGAUGUCUGGCUCGCAUACUAUCGCCACAGUUUCGGCUUGGGAGAGCAUUAUAAUGCUUUGAAAAAGGUGGACAAAAGUUGAAGUCUGUCCAAUGGGCCAGCGACAACACUCAGUACCUAGUGCUAUUGUAAACACAUGUUGGCGUUCAUCGAUGCCUCCAGACAGCUAUCCAAUCUUGCACUUUACCCUCAGCAUCCUUGCCAACCUUAUGCGUGUCGGCAGGUUGCCAGUGUCCAACUCUUUCAAGAGCUCCGGGGCUCGAAGGCGCAAGAGGGUUCAUCUUGACGUUGCCCUCCGCGUCAUACUUGACUUCCUCUCCUGGAUGACUCAAGUGCUCAAAGUAUGCUUUUGGUGGAGAUGCAAAAGGAGGACCACCCGCCAUAGCAGGCUUACUGGUGGGAAAUUCGAGACAUAUCAGAUUGGCUUGAGGCGAAGGCCGCAGCAACUCGGCCAUCCGCUUUGCCCAGGCUGGUCUCAUAGGCAAUUGCAUGGCACAGAAGAACUAUCAUCAGGUGUGAGCAGGAGACAUCUGCGUACAGGAUUUUGACCGGCAGCGUACUCACAGUGUAAUCAUAGAUCAAG